UCCUCCUCCCUCCAACUGAGUUUUAUCUUUGUAUCCAAAUCUACGUGCUGUAAUCGAAUUGCAGUUUGUGGGUGUGAAUUAUAUUCGUACAGUCUCUCUCUCUCUCUCUCUCUCUCUCACGGAAAGCUAUGGAUCGAGAGGGAGGAUCCAACGGAUCUUGCUACUACUCUGUUCUCGGGAUUCGCAAGGACGCCUCCUUCUCUGACAUUCGAACCGCUUAUCGCAAGCUUGCUCUGAGAUGGCACCCGGACAGGUGGGCAAAGAACCCAUCGGCGGCCGGAGAAGCCAAACGGCGAUUUCAAAUGGCCCAGGAAGCUUACUCAGUGCUGUCUGAUCAGGGGAAGAGAUCAAUGUACGACGCCGGAUUUCUCGAUCUGUUGGAAGAAGACGAAGGAAUGAGUGAUUUCUUGCAUGAUUUGCUGAAUAUGAUGGAUCAGACCCAGAACCAGAACGUUGGAGGCAAGGAGGAGAGUUUGGAGGACCUCCAGAUGACUUUCUUGGAGAUGUUCGGUGGAGAUUUGGCGAAGAUGACGGAGGAAAGUGAUCCAACGGCCAAAAAGAGGGCACGGCACGCCGCCCCCAAUAUGGCACCAAAACGCAAUGCUAAUGCCACUGCUACCUCUUUUCGCUGUUAGAUUGGGAAGGAGAUGAUCGUUGCCGCCCCUGUUUUUGUACCAUUCAUUGGUUACUCUGUUCUUUUAUUAUGAAGACUACUUUAGGGGGUGGGGGGGAAUUAACUGUUUACUUGGAGCUAGUUUUGGUAUAUGUUGAAAUGUUCUUUGGCCUUGAAGUUCUGUUGCUGGUGGUCAAAGGCAUGGAACCUUUGUCAUUGCGUUGCUUAAUAAAGUUUUUCUCUCUUU